AUGGCCGAUAGUAAUCUGGAAUCAAAAAUAACUGAGAGGACACGACGAGCGAUUGAUAGGAUUAAGAGUGAAGCAGAAAACGGAAAGUUCAAAAUCCUACAAGUUGCCAAAAUUUAUCACAAGCGUAAAGAAAAGCAAUCAGAUUGGAAAAAGCGUUGCAAUUCUCAAAUUAUAAACUGUUGUUCUGGCUUUGAUAAAAUAAAGAAAGAAAGUUUCUGUGAUAAAGCAGAUGCAGCGAGUGUCAGAGAUUAUCUGGACGAAGUAGUUAAUAGUAUAGAUUUUGAAAAUUCUGCUAUGGAUAAUAAAAAUAUUGAUGAGGUAAUAAACAAAAAUAAUAAAAAGGAACUAGAUGAAAAUGCUGUUUUGGAUAAUAAAAAUAUUUAUGAAAAAAUAUACGAAAAUAAUAAAGAAAUAGAAGAUUUGGAUGCAAAUAUCCGUCAGAAAAUAAACGAAAAUAAUAAUAAACCAUAUGAAAAUCCCGUUUUAAAUGAAAAUAUUCAAGAGAAAAUAAAUGAAAUUAUUAAUAUUGCAAAACCUGUAUCAGUAAAUCAUGACGAAAUUGGCAAUAUUAGUGACACCGAAAAAAAAGAUAUAAAUCUUAAAAAACAAAUUUUUGAUACAAUAGAUUUUUCGAAUCAACUUUCUGUAACGCACGAGGAAGUAUACGAAGCAAAUGUAAAUAAAGUAAAUACUAAUUUUGAAAAACAUAUUUUUGAAUUAAAAGAUUUAGGCAAUCACAUAUCUGUAACUCAUGAGGAAAUAAAUGAUAUUACCAAAACAGUAAUUGAAGAAAGAACAAAUAAAGAAAAAGAAACUAAAGAUUUAAAACAAGACGUUUUGGAUACCAAAAGUAUACAUAGAGAAGAAUUAAAAGAACUUAAUAAAAUAAGAUCAACCAUCAGAGAGUUUGAAAAACAAAUAAGCAAUGCUAAAAAAAGUGAUCUAAAAAGUACUGAAGUUAAUAAAAUAAAUAUUCCAUUGGUGCGGCCUCUUGAUUCAAAAUCUAUUGUUAAACAAGUAAAAGAGGUAAAUGAAAGGGAGGUUAAUGAGUUUGUGCAAGAGGAAUUAAAACAUAUUACUAUAGAAGCAAAACGUAGAUUGAACGAAAUAGAGCACGAUGCUAAAGAAGAGCUGCUUAAAUUAACAGUCAACCAGUAAUCUUACAUAUG